AUGCAUCGAUUACAAGCACUAUUGAGCCACCUGAGCUCAUACAACCAGGUGAACAAAUCCCUAUCUUUUGCGGCUCGACGGCUAUACUCGUCACAGCCACCAAAGUACACCAGCAAAGACAUAGCUACUCUCCUCGCCAAACCAACAUGGUCCGUCCAAAGCCUUCUCCCCAAUACGCACGAUCCGACAAUCCCUCUAUCGAUCACUCCGCAGACACUUCACCAUCUACUUCGUUUAUCGGCGCUUCCGCAACCGGUCGAUAAGACGGAGGAAACGUCCAUGCUCAGAACACUCGAAGCCCAGAUUCACUUUGUCAAGUCGAUACAGGACGUAGAUACAAAGGAUGCCUCACCACUUAGAGCUAUUCGAGAUGAGAGUCGCGAGGCAAUUAAGGAAUCUACGAUAAGCUUGGAGACAUUGAAGGAAGCACUAGCCAAGGAACAGGUGGUCGGUCGCCGGAGGAAGAUACAACGCCAGACUACAACAAUUGAGGACGGUAAAGCAAGCCACGUGGAGAGUGAUCAAUGGGAUGGAAAUGCUUUAGGGUCGGCCACAAAGACAGCUGGAAAGUUUUUUGUCGUGCAAAGUGGUAAUUAA